AUGAUAAAAAACACAAAUGUUAAAAAUGGCACCUCUCUCGUGUGGCCGCUGGGGGCGCUGUGUCGUCUCAGACCCAGCGGUAGUGUCCCUGUGCUGUGUGCGCUCGGCGGGUCCUCUGCUCUUGCUUUAGCUUUAGCCUCUUCUCUCCGCUUUUAUCACCUUUUCACUCCACACAACUCAAACCCCUCAGAGAUGGGCGACAGUGAUGAUGAGCUAGAUCGUCGCCGUCGGGACAAAUUCCGAAGGGAGAGAGGCGACAUGGAGCGAUCGAGAGAGCGUGAGGAGAGGAGGCGGGACGACUGGCCCGAGAGAGACUGGGAUCGUGGCCGUGAGCGCAGGCGAGACUACGACCGAGGACGAAGAGAGCGCUUCUCUCCACCGCGGCACAUGAGCCCCCAGCACAAGCGCAUGCGGAGGGACUGGGACGACCACCGGGGGGAGCCAUACAGAUACGACCUGCCGUUUGUAGCUCCCCCGUUUCCAGGUCCACACUGGCCCCCGGAGCUGCCGCACAUGCCACCGCCACAUGGACAUCCCCUUCAGAGCAGGUUGGGUUUGAUGGAUCCAGACUUGCCUCCACCAGGCCCCCCGACCAUGAGGAGUUUCAAGGACUUCCUUCUGAACCUCGAAGACAACGUGGAUGAGACUGAGGCGGUGAAGCGUUACAAUCAGUACAAACUGGACUUCAGGCGGCAGCAGCUGCAGGACUUUUUCCUCUCGCACAAACAGCACGAGUGGUUCAGGUCCAAAUAUCACCCCGACGACAUCACAGCGCGAAAAGCAGAGACUCAGGCCGCGCUCAAGACACGGUUGGACGUCUUCCUCUUCCUGUUUGAAAACCACUGGAUGGACGACAUUGCACUGGACAUGGACCACGCCUCCAAGAUCAUCAAGCUCAUGGAUGCCGCUGUGAUAAAGAUGGAGGGGGGAACAGACCUGGACCUGCAAGUUUUGGAAACUCCUGUCUCCGUUGACAACGCUGGGGGCGGAGACAGCACUACAACAGAGGGCGGAGCUCCAGCAGAAUCGGGAAGUGAGAGCAAAGACUCGGAACAGGCGGGUCCCUCUGGAACCUCAGCAACCUCGGACGCCAAGGAGAAAGUGGCGGAGAGCAGCCCAGAGAGCAAGGAUUCAGACAAGAAGGAGGAGAAUGAAGAGCCCAAACAAAAUGGAGAGGAGGAAAAAAUGGAUGAAGAGAAGGAAGAACAGAAAGACAAAAACAAGGCCAAAAAGAAACGAGGUCGGAAGAGGAAACGCAGCGUCUCAGCCGACUCUGGAGAAGGAAGUGCGUCUGAAUCUGACUCUGACCCAUCAGAGAAGGAGCCGUCUGACAAGGACCAAUCAGAGCGCGAGGAGGACGAAGAGGAGGAGCCUGAUAGCGAGCGGCGAAAAGAGCGCAAAGAGAGGAGUAAGAAGGAGGAGGGGCCAGCUAAGCCACGCCCCCUUCACCUAACUACAUCACUGUUCAUCAGGACCAUCCCACCGGAGGUCUCCAAGGAGGAGCUCAGCAACUUGUGUCGCCGGUACUCUGGGUUCCUGCGUGUGGCGCUGUCUGACCCUCAGCCGGAGAGAAGAUUCUACCGCCGCUGUUGGGUGACGUUCAGCCGCAAUGUGAACAUUAAAGAGACCUGCUGGAACCUGCAGAACAUCCGGCUGAAGGAGGUGGACUUGGCUCCGGUGGUGAACAGAGACCUGUGCAGACGCGUGCGUAGCGUCAACGGCCUCACGCACCACAAACCUGUCAUCCGGAACGACAUCCGCCUCUCCGCCAAACUCAUACAUGCACUGGACCACAAGGGGGCACUCUGGAGCUCUGAGAUGGAGUCAAACCCGGUCUUGAAGAACAUCACAGAUUACCUGAUCGAGGAAGUGAGCGCGGAGGAGGAGGAGCUAACAGGUCUCUCCAAUGAGGCCAACGAGGCCAAAGACCCCUCAGAGGUCGCCCUGGAAACAGACGAGACGCUUCUAAAGGUGCUGGACCGGCUGCUGCUCUACCUGCGCCUCGUCCACUCUGUCGAUUAUUAUAACUUCUGUGAGUAUCCUGCGGAGGAUGAGAUGCCCCAUCGCUGUGGCCUCAUGCACGUGCGGGGCCCCCUGCCUGUCGGCAAGAUCACUGCAGCUGAAGUGUCAGAACAUGUGAAGAUGAGUGAGCAGCGCAUGGCUCCUCUGCUCUGUCUGUCCGAGAACGUGAGCGAAGAGGAGGCGGUCAGAUUGGGCAAGAAGGACCCAGAACAAGAGGUGGAGAAGUUCCUGACGGCGAACACUCAGGAGCUCAGCAAAGACAAGUGGCUCUGUCCUCUCAGCGGAAAGAAAUUCAAGGCGCCAGAGUUCGUCCGUAAGCACAUCCUGAACAAACACGGGGAUAAAGUCGAUGCUGUCAGACAAGAAGUGCAGUUCUUCAACAACUUCCUACUGGACCCCAAGAGACCCACCCUCCCCGAGAACAAGCCACUCCCCCCUCCAGCUCCUCCUGCAGCGAUGCAGCCGUUCCCAGGGCAGUCCCCGCAACAGCAGCAGCAGCAACAGCAGCAACAACAGAGCCUUCUGGGAUACCCUCCUGGAGUCCGGCCGCCGAUGCCCGCGUUCCCAGGCUCUGCUCCGUAUCCUGCUCAGUUUGGAGCAGGACGAGGAAACUACGACUCGUUCAGAGGAAAUCCUAGUUUUCAGAAUAAACCCAGAGGCUCCAGGGGGAUGAGAGGAGACCCGCGCAGUAUCAUCGAGUACAGAGACCUGGACGCUCCUGACGACCUAGAUUUUUUUUAA